AUGACAUUGGAAUUGGAUGCCGCGCACGCAUUAUUAGAACUUCGUGGACACAGACAUGUCUUCCAUCGUAAUGGUUACGAGCGCUGGACUCGAGGAAUUGAGGAAAUCGUGGCACCUCCAACGAUAUCGAACAUUUUUAACGGACUAAUUACAAAAAAAUUGUGCAACGACUCAGUGCAAAAUACAAGUACACCAAAGAGACAAACCUCGGAGGGUUUGGCAAAUAAGAUAAAUGGGACUCAUACGAUAACUACUCGUGAAAUAGGAAUGCAAACAGAUAUAGAAAAUCUUCUAGCGGAAGUUGACAGACUGAAUAACAUAAUAAAGGACUUAUACAAAACAAUUGAAGUUCUGCAAGCGCGAUUAAAACAUGCAGCGAAAACAACGUCUCCUAUCUAUGAUUCAAACUUCUAUACGGACACAUCUAGCGAUGAACGAACAAAGACUCACAAUCGGAGAACCUACAAACGCAAACGGACAACCACAAACAACACCAAUAAUGAAUCAUCGGACUUUGAUGUUACAAUGACACGUUUUGGAAAACCAAAAAAUACUGACCCGGAGUUUAAAAUAUCGAAAGCGGAUUCCAGCAUGAAGAAGGCAUUGAAACCCAAAAACUUAAAUAAAAUGGGCGGUGAAAUGAUAUCAAUCGGAGACGGUAACGCAGUGGUGCCCGCUAGACUCUUGAAAUACAUGGACUGGACAUCGUAUACGAAUGCCACUAGAAAGUUGUUAACUGCCGUUUUCCCACGCAACGUUCUUGCCACACAUUCUUUGACCGGUAAACGUUCUCCUGCGUUCCCUAACAAACCGGCAAAGAAAAAACUAGAUGCAGCAUUGGUCAAUGAUAUUGUACAGACUGUGGUGGAAAAGUGCAAUGUGCCGGAGAAUGUAGUAAGGACAAGCAUAACAACAAAAUGUGCCGACGAGAGUAAAAUGUUCCGCAGCAGACAAGUUAGCAAGAAAAAGAGGAAAGCUUUAAAAAAAGAGAAUAUUUCACCCUCAGAUAAUACUGAAUCAGAAUUUUCUAGUUAA